AUGAGUGUAACACCACGUAAUAGCAAUAAGAAAUUCGCCGGACGACAGAAAACUUUUUUAUCAAAUCCGCCAAGUAGUCGAGCAUCAAUAAUUGCUGGAGCUAUCAAGCAUAAAUUUCAUCAUGAUUUUAACCAACGUCAAAAUUCUGGUCUAAGUACUCCAUUAUUGAAAGCAAAACUUGCUGGAUAUUCACAAGAAGAGUUAGAAGAAUAUCGUCAGGUGUUCAAUGUAUUUGAUACAGAUGGUAGUGGUGCAAUUGGUAUUGAUGAAUUGGAAAGUGCGAUGCGAAAUUUGGGUUUAGAACCACAAAAAAUGAGCUUGAGCAAAUAA